CCCGUUCGUAAACAGUUUGUGGCCGCUAAAACUCCUUUUGUAGUAAUAAAACUUUCUUGCACGCAACAUAUCCAGCUGCCUUACACUCUUUGGAAAACCAUCAAAGGCGAUCAAACUGCAAGAUUUCGACAGAAGAAGAAAAAGGAGAAUGAAGUACGAUUCACGGUUUGCCCGGUGGUACAAGUAGAUUUUCCCAGUGGUGGUCUGUCGUCCGGUCCACCGGGAGGAUCGUCGCAAUUAGAGCGCCGGUUGCUACCGAUGGAUGGAACGGAUGGGAAACCGGGUCGGCCUCUUUCGAGGUUAGAGGACAGCAACGUUUCAGUGCCACGACCGGAUAACGAUGGAAGAAGGGAUCCAGAAUCGCUCUGGAAACCGCGAGGGGGAAACCAAGCCUAUGAAUACAUUCCCCGAAGCGUCGAUCCGAUGUUCCGGCGACGGACCCGAAAUAAUAAUAUCGCCGGAUCCACCGGUGGGUGAAUUAGGUCGGUCAUGCGAGAGAGGCCGGGGGAACCACUGGGUUCCCGUG